AUGCCUUGCAUCACAUCCCAAGCCUUAUUAUUAAGGCAGGCCGCGCGCCUUGCCGCGCGGCCAUCGGCUCCGGCUGCUUCGGCGUCGUCGUCGGCUCUGCGGAGAAUGCACAGCGGACGGCCGCGGCUAGCAACGACGGCUGUGUCACAGUCGCAGACGCCUGCACAGGCACGGAGGACGUAUGUGUCCGAGUCGAAGCGCGACAAUGCCCAGGUCGCCGAGGCCACCAAGAAGAUCGAGACCGCCAUCCACCUCAACAAGAAGGACUUCCAGAACGCCCUCGGCGAGGUCCCCGUGCCCACUUCCGGCGCCGGUUCCGACGUCCUCGUCAGCCCCAUGGCCGAGGUCCUCAAGCAGGCGACUGUCCUCGAGGAGGGCCAGCGGCCCAUCUACCUCGACAUGCAGGCCACCACCCCCGUCGACCCGCGCGUCCUCGACGCCAUGAUGCCCUUCUACGUCGGCAUCUACGGCAACCCGCACUCCCGCACCCACUCGUACGGCUGGGAGAGUGAGAAGGCUGUUGACGAGGCCCGCGAGCAUGUCGCUCGUCUCAUUGGUGCCGACCCCAAGGAGAUUAUCUUCACGAGCGGUGCUACCGAGAGCAACAAUAUGAGCAUCAAGGGCGUGGCGCGCUUCUUUGGCCGUUCUGGCAAGAAGAAGCACAUCAUCACGACCCAGACCGAGCACAAGUGCGUGCUCGACAGCUGUCGCCAUCUGCAGGACGAGGGCUUUGAGAUCACCUACCUGCCCGUGCUGGCCUCGGGCCUGGUGGACCUCGAGGCCCUUGAGGCUGCCAUCCGCCCCGAGACGGCCCUGGUCAGCAUCAUGGCCGUCAACAACGAGAUUGGCGUCAUCCAGCCGCUGGCCGAGAUUGGCCGCCUGUGCCGCAAGAAAAAGGUCUUCUUCCACAGCGACGCCGCCCAGGCUGUCGGCAAGAUUCCCCUCGACGUCAACGCCAUGAACAUUGAUCUCAUGUCCAUUUCGUCGCACAAGAUCUACGGCCCCAUGGGCAUCGGCGCCUGCUACGUUCGCCGUCGUCCGCGCGUGCGUCUUGACCCCAUCAUCAGUGGUGGCGGCCAGGAGCGUGGUCUGCGCAGUGGCACACUGGCCCCUCCGCUGGUUGUUGGCUUCGGUGAGGCGUGCCGCAUCGCACACGAAGAGUUUUCGCGUAUCAAGUAUCUCUCCGACCGUCUGCUCAACGGCCUCCUGGCCAUGGAGCACACGUCCCAGAACGGCGACCGUGACCACUUCUACCCGGGCUGCGUCAACGUCUCCUUUGCCUACGUCGAGGGCGAGUCUCUUCUGAUGGCCCUCAAGGACAUUGCCCUGUCCUCGGGCAGUGCCUGCACGUCCGCUUCCCUCGAGCCGAGUUACGUCCUGCGCGCCCUCGGCAACAGCGACGAGAGCGCUCAUUCGAGUAUCCGCUUUGGAAUCGGCCGCUUCACCACGGAGCAGGAGAUUGACUACGUGCUACAGGCGGUGCGCGAGCGUGUCAGCUUCCUGCGCGAGCUCAGCCCGCUGUGGGAGAUGGUGCAGGACGGCAUCGACCUCGACUCGAUCCAGUGGACCGCCCACUAA